AACGACAUUCAAACACCAACAUGACAGGGAUGCAGGUGCUGUUGACUGUCAGCUUACUGAUUUUAGCGACCUCUGGCGCAGCUCCCAUAGAACGGAAUGAUUCUGAUGGAAAUGUAGAAGUAUUUGAGGACCGUCAAAAAAGGGAAGUUACAUGCAAACCUUCAACGGAUGAAGGAUGCACUUCUGAAAAACCAGCUGGUAAGGAAGACCCCAAAAAACGAGUUCCAGCGCCUGAUGGCCAAGGAAGACCAAUGAAGAAGAAUUCUAAGGUCAAACAAGAAGGUGGCCGCAAACAAAGGACAGGUGAUAAUAAGCAGAAAUAAUGUGGAUGCAGUGGAUGCAGGAAAUAGCCAGUUGCAGAUGAUGUAGACGCAUAGAUUACUUUUAAACUGGGACAUUUAACACAAAUUAUAUUAUGUACUUAGUAUUAAAUUUUUAUAACUGUGAAAUGAAUAAAACUGCUUUUAAUCUA